AAAUUAGAACCUGUUCAAGGAGUGUGCUUAGUGGACAGCCCCAAGCCCAUGUUCCUUUGGGAUCUGCCGCAGUAUUCAUGAAAAAGCCAUGUUCUCCAGUGCUCUUCCCAUGAUGGUGAUGACAGGGGACUAGAGCCAGGUUUUCUUCCACCAUCUGUGACAGCUUCUUGAUCUGUCCCCAGCUGGAGUCAGUGUAAGCCCGAAGGUUGAAGGAAAAAGAGCAGCAGAUCCAGGGAGCAUUCACCUGCCCUGUCUCCAAACAGAGCCACCAAGGAGGAGCAGGGGAGCGACGGCCGGGGCAGAAGUUGAGACCACCCAGCAGAGGAGCUAGGCCAGUCCAUCUGCAUUUGUCACCCAAGAACUCUUACCAUGAAGACCCUCCUACUGUUGGCAGUGAUCAUGAUCUUUGGCCUGCUGCAGGCCCAUGGGGAUUUGGUGAAUUUCCACAGAAUGAUCAAGUUGACGACAGGAAAGGAAGCUGCACUCAGUUAUGGCUUCUACGGCUGCCACUGUGGCGUGGGUGGCAAAGGAUCCCCCAAGGAUGCAACAGAUCGCUGCUGUGUCACUCAUGACUGUUGCUACAAACGUCUGGAGAAACGUGGAUGUGGCACCAAAUUUCUGAGCUACAAGUUUAGCAACGCGGGGAGCAGAAUCACCUGUGCAAAACAGGACUCCUGCAGAAGUCAACUGUGUGAGUGUGAUAAGGCUGCUGCCAACUGUUUUGCUAGAAACAAGACGACCUACAAUAAAAAGUACCAGUACUAUUCCAAUAAACACUGCAGAGGAAGCACCCCUCGUUGCUGAGUCCCCUCUUCCCUGGAAACCUUCCACCCAAUGCUGAAUUUCCCUCUCUCAUACCCUCCCUCCCUACCCUAACCAAGUUCCUUGGCCAUGCAGAAAGCAUCCCUCACCCAUCCUAGAGGCCAGGCAGGAGCCCUUCUAUACCCACCCAGAAUGAGACACCCACCAGAUUUCCAGCCUUCCACUGCUCUCCUCCACCUCAACUCCAUGCUUAACCAAAGAAGCUGUACUCCGAGGGGUCUCUUCUGAAUAAAGCAAUUAGCAAAUCA